AGUAAUGAUCCGUCUAGUGGCGCUGUGCGCGCGCGAGCGGUAACUCUGGGUACUAUCAGUCUCCACAGUCGCGCUACGACUACACUGCGACUACUGUACUGCCCCACCUCUAGCGCGUCGUGCCGUACACUCCCGCGCUCGGCAUGUCGCUGCCGCUCUAACUAACUUCAAACUUUGAAAAACUUAAACAAGUGAUUCAACUGUGAGAGUUAAACUUAUAUAAUAAAUUGUGCGAUGCUCUAGUGACAUCCUGGUAAAGUGGUAGUAUGGAUCACCUCGGCACGAUGGUUAGGUUCUCCAGCUUCCUACUCAUACUAUUAUUCACUAUUUUUAUGUUUUUCGUGACACCCAGCUCCGGCAUCAAGUGCUACCAGUGCGGCCAGUACACGGACGGCGUAGGCUCCAUAACUCCUUGUAUCAACUACACAGAGCGGCUUCAUCUCAAAGACUGUCCGCUCUCUACCUCCCAUCAGUGCAUUAAAUACGUCAGCGAAGGCAGCAUGGUACGGGAUUGCGCGCCAGCUGAAUGUGUUGAAAGAGGCGAAGGAUGGGGAACAAAAAUCUACUGCUGUUCCGAGGACGGGUGCAACUCCGCCGUCGCCUUGCAUGGUGGUUUGGUGAGUUGUGUUGUGGCAACAGUGGUGACUGCCAUCCUGAACAUGGUUACCAACUGAACAAACAUAAACUGACAACUAGUGUUACCAACUACUAGUACCAAACGCUUUAUCUUCAUCAUCUCGUUAAGUAGCCUAUAUGCGAUUAUUGGUUUGAAUGUUAAAUCUUAGACGUGAUCGAAUUAAAAACAAACAAAUAAACGAUAGAUAAAAUAGUUUUUAAUAAGAAAUCAUAACGCAGUGCUAUAGAAUAGGAAAUAAAUGUAAAUUUAAAUAAUAGCUUAAACAAUCAUUGAAAUAAGUAGGCUAAGGAACUCUUUAUGCAUGUUAGAUUAUAAGACGUUUUGUUACUACGAACGAUUUCUUGGACAAACAUUCAUGAGUGACUUAGUGCUUAGUGCUUCGUGAGGUUGAGAAUUACUUAAUACUCUCACAAAAAACAUGUGAAGGUUGUAUCCUUUCGUGCUCUUAGGGGUAAUAUUUGCAAAUAUGCUAAAUAUUUUUAUAUGACCAAAGGACUAUUCAUAUCAACUUGCCCUCACGUUAUUUUUGACUUUUCUUCAUGUUUGGUUUGUUAAGAUUUCGCUACCUACUGGUUUGUUAUAUCUGUAUUUUUCAACACUAAUUACGUUUACAUAAUCAUGUUCAUUCAUUAAUAUUCAGGUUUUAUCCGUGUUAAGUAAUUUUCAUCAGUAAAUGCCAAUUUAAAACAUAGCUUAUUUACUGAAUGGGUUACAAAAUGGUAAAGCGUAGGCAAAACAUUGUAAACAAUACCAUUUUAAUAAAAAAUAGUUUCAUUCCCAUUCCAAAUUAUCCUCUUUUAGGAAUCUACUAUAAAAUUUAUAGUAAGACAGCUAUACCCUCUUUAAUACAUCAGUAUUGUUAUUCAUUCACUGUAACUAAAUGAAAAUGUAAUCUAUUAACCUUUAUUUGAUGGAAAAUGUUUCAUCAAGUUAAAUAUGUUAAAUUGAGCAGGAAUUUUACUAAAUGACGGAAUUGUUCAGCCCUUUAUUUAUAAUUUCAGCUAGUUUAAAAUACUGUUGUGAUUGUGGUACACCUGCUAGCAUUGCUAGUAACAUUUAUUUCAUGAUGUUUGUAAAUAUAAUUCAGGUAGCUUUUUGCUAUUGCUUUUACAGAUUUAGUACAAGGCCAUUUUGAGUACUCCACUAUAGUAAUUUUAUGAAUCACUAUGCCAAGGUUGGAGUUUCUAAUUUGUUUUCAAUUGAAUUAUAAAAUAGCUUUAAUUAUGCGAACUCUUGAGAGUACUUAAUGCAGAGUAAGUCGAAGUAAAAAUCAAUUUUCGGUGAAACGGGUUGCCUCAAUGAGGUAUUAUUAUGUUAACGUAAUUUACUUUACAAGUGUUUAUAGCUGAUAUUUUAAUUAUAGACUUCUUGAUUCAGUGUUAAUAGCUGAAAUAUUUGUCUAUAAUCUUUACUUGUAUUUUAAGCAUGGAUCUGAUUCGACAUUAUGGAAUCCAUUGUAGUUGUUUGUCUUUAAUGAUUGAUUAAUUAUUAUUUUCCCUGUUAUUGGUCUGAUUACAUGAAGAUUCGCCUUUUACACAAGAGCAAAAAUGCUGCAGUGAUGGUUAUCUAUAAGUCCUUAAAAGAGUGUUAUAAAUAACUACGUUAAGACAAAAUUCUCGUGUAUUCUACAUUGGACAUAUUUUAUUACAUUAUUUCCUUUAACUAUUUUGAAUACGCAAUAAAUCAAGUACCUCGUACUAAGAUUUAUUUAUUACAGAGUACGGUAAUUUGAAGCUUCCUUAGAAACUCCAGCUGUUAUGGUUUACUUAGUACACGUUCAAACCAAUAAUCCCAUGGCUGAAGUGUUGAGGUUCCCUUGUGGUACAGGUUGUUUUGGCCCUGUCUAUCUCAGUUUAACGCCAAUUUAGCAGAUUCAAAAUAUGUAAAUAAAACAAUACUGUUAUGUUCGGUUGCCAUGAACAAAUAUCAGGUGCAGGCGGUGUCUUCCAUUUGGAACUUAACAACAAAGUCGAUUUAUUUAUUUGGUUCUUAAUUAAAGAGUAAUGUAGAUACUAUUGAAUACAGUCAAAUGUAAGCUUAACUUAGUUCAAAUCGCUUUGAAAUGCCACAGGUUUCGAUUAUGCUUUUAUUCAUCGUAAUUAAAUUGUAAAUAACAUCAUAUUAAUAUUCGUUAUUAUCUUCACCCCAAGAAGACCUAUUUUUCUAUGUAUUAAUUUAUAAUUUUAUAAAGAUUAGCACGACGACUGAUUUGUUUUCGGUUGAUGAGAGCUGUGUUAGGUAUAUUUUAUUGUACUAUUCCUCUGUAUCCACUGAUUAAUUGAUCAUAUCUCGGUUGUUUGUCAAAAGUAUACUUAGUUUACAAAAUUACUUAAUUUAAAUUAAGUACUUACUUUAUUAAAGAAAUUUUUCUGUUUCUAUUUUCCUUUUUUUCAUUAUAUAAUUUAACAAUUUUAUAACCCUUUUUUGGUGAAUAAACUAGUAUUUUACGUACCAACGUUCGAUGCAAGCUGUCAAUCUUGACAGAAACUACACCAUAUUCUAAAGUAAACUUAGAUUUAAGCCUAUAUAAGUAUUAAUGUUUUAUGUAUUCUAGUUUAUAUACUAAUAUAUAUUGCUAUAUCAAUAGGAAACUAUAGUUUCUUGUUCCACUGCAAAUAUUAUUGUUUCUAUAUUUCACUUCGAGGAAUAAAUAAGAUCUUUUA